AUGUUGUGUCUCAACGUCUUUGCUUUGGCCCUGUGGUGGGCAGAGACCACAGCCUGGCCUAGUCAAUCAUACAAGUCAGAGACGUUUGUCAUCCCAGAAUUCAAUGUUACCAAGUCUGGAAAACCUCUCGCACCGGGCUAUCUCUUUCUCACCCCAGCAGCCGCACCAUACCCAGCCUCCAUCAUCAUUACUGAUGAAGGCGAGCUGGUGUGGGCCAGUCAUGCUGACACUUUUUCCAAUCUGAACGUGCAAACUCUAGAUUCCACGCCGGUUCUGACUUACUGGGAGGGAGUCGGCUCGCCAAACCCGCAAACACAAGGCCACGGAUACGGUCAGGUUCAGAUACUGGAUUCGAGCUAUACUGUCACGCAUACUAUAUGUCCAGAUCUUUCUCUGUCGACGGAGGGAGCUACAGAAGUCAAGUGCCAGGCCGAUCUUCACGAGUCGUACGUGACGGAACGCGGUUCCGUGCUUGUCACUGCGUACAAUAUUACGGAAGCUGACUUGUCAGACAUGAAUGGUCCAGAGCAAGGUUGGAUUUAUGACUGUCUGAUCUUUGAGAUUGACAUUGAGACGCAGAACAUCCUGUUUACAUGGAGCGCACUACGCAGUGGAAUUCUUCUCACCGACUCAAAACAAGCAAUCGGCGAGUCGGGAACGCAAUCAAAUCCAUACGACGUUUUCCACGUCAACUCUGCGCAGGCUGUUGAAGGUGGAUAUUUGAUCAAUAGCAGACAUACAUGGACUACCUACUUUGUCAACUCAGAGGGAGAUAUACAAUGGCACUUCGAGGGCUCAACUGGCGGCGACUUCACACUUCCACCAGAAACGCAUUUUUCCUGGCAGCACCACGUACGCAUACUCAAUGGCAGCUCUACAAGUGUAGUGCUAAGCCUUUUCGAUAAUGCAAACGCCGAACCGCCCUUGUCCGGCGUCAACCAAACUCUCGGCUUGCUAUUCUCGCUUGACCUACAGAGCAAGUCGGCGACUCUGCUAAAAGAGUACAAGGACCCAGAGCAGCCUCUCUUUGUGGACAGCCAAGGCGCUCUCAGCAUACUUGCCAACGGCAACGCCCUUCAAGGCUACGGGCAGAUUCCGGUCAUCAAGGAGUAUGGCCCCGACGGUGACGUGCGGCUGUCAGUCCAAUUCGGGGACUUGGACGACCAGCAGCAAUCAUCCUACCGAGCGUACCGUCUGGAGUGGGAGGCCGUGCCGGCGGCUGAUCCCGCUGUUUUCGCAGAGCAAGGCCAUGCGUACGCGAGCUGGAACGGCGCGACGCAGGUACACGAAUGGGACAUCUUUCAAGGCGCGACGGCGGAAAGCGUCGUGCACACGCACUCGGUGAAGAAGGUGGGAUUCGAGACCAAGGUCGCGAUUUCCAACACCACCAAGUUUGUCAAGGUUGCUGCCGUCUGUGGCGCGGGGAAACGCGAUUCUGCCGUGGUGGCCGUAGCUUGA